AUGGCUUCCUCAUCACUGGUCAAAGUUCCUUAUUUCAGACUGAGAAAUGAAUUAGAUGGGUUUCAAAAGAAAGAAGAGGAAGACAAUGUAAUAUUCAAGAAAAUAAGGAACUGGUCCAAGUUCAGGAAGAUAAAUGGUAGGAAAAGACCAAGGGUUAGAAUUCCAGGGCUGAGGAAGUUUCUGAGAAAAAGAGGGAGGUUUUUAUCAAGGUUUAGAGUUUCAUUGGCAAAGGUUUUGUGGAGGUUGAAGAAUGGACAGGCUCAUAUGAAUGAUCUUCUUGGUGGGAAUUAUUUGUUCAUGCAGCCAAAUCCUAGUCCUUUCAGAUGUGCUGAUCGGAGACCUUAUUUGGGUACUCAUUGUCUUCAUGGAUUGCCACGAAGUAGGUAUUCACUUGGAAGAAUUGCUUGA